UUGGCAUUACAAAUAAUUGUGUUGAAAUAGAUAUCAGUGAUGAGUGAAUGUAUUACCCUUCCUUUGCAGUCAGGUAAAAAUUUAAGAAAAAAGUAAAAACAAUACACAAUGACUGACUGACAAAAUGUGACAAUGACGUGCGUGCAGAAUAUAGCAUUUUUUUUUCAUUUCACACAUCACAUCACUCACACGGAUGGACGGUUAUCUAUCAUAUUAUAUGCGUAUGCGGACGGUUCUGUAAAGCGAGCGGUCGUUUUGUUUUCUUCAAUGCCUGGGGAGCUUUCUUUUUGAUUGUAAAAACCUGAUUUUACUUAAAGAAAUAGAGAAUGAACCAAAAAUCCAAAUGCAAUAAUGGGCAAGGAAAAGUCUAAAAAGCGACGGCGGAGUUCUAGCAACAAUGAUUCUAGCUCCAGUAGUAGUUCAGAUUCUUCCCGGGAAAAGAAAAAACUCCGCAAGUUGAAGAAGAAAUUGAAAAAAGAACAGAAGAAAACUGAGAAGGUGUUGAAGAAAAAACUGAAGGAGGAACGGAAAAAGUUGAAAAAGAAACAUAGAAGUAAGAGUUCCAGUCUAAGCCGCGAUGAACACAAGAAGCUAGAAGACGCACCGGCUGAUAUACCUAUAGAACUAAUGGAAAAAUCCAAAGCCAUGGCACCAAUGACCAAAGAAGAAUGGGAGCAAAAACAGAGUGUUGUCCGGAGGGUUUUGGAUGAGGACACUGGACGAUACAGGUUAAUAAAAGGAGAUGGAGAAGUUUUAGAAGAGAUUGUGUCGCGAGAUCGCCACAAGCAGAUAAACAAACAAGCCACUAGGGCUGAUGGGGAAUUCUUCCAAGCCAGCACUAUUCAUAAAUUUUUAUAGAUAGUAGAUAUUUAUAUUGCUGUUAUAGCAUAUUUGCUAAUAUUUUUUUGCAUUUCAUAAAUUGCUGUAAAGCAAGUUGGGAGGAGCAAAUGCAUAUUUAACAUUACAAAGGUAGGCCUACAUUAUGAUUACACAUUUGGAAAUAUUGGUCCCAUUGGACUACAUAAAUGGCAGAUACAUCCUUUUUUCGGGUUUUUAGGUUUAAAAAUAUGUUUACUAUUCCUUGAUUCUUGAAUAUGCUGAAAUAAAUAAAACAAAAGAAACUGUUUUAUCAUUUUAAACUUCCGUAAUAUUUAGAUUUAGUAGAUGUUUUAAGUAUCAUAUGGAAAUAACAUAUCUGAAAUUUAAUAAGUUCUCCUUUUUUCGGGUUUUUAGGUUUAAAAAUAUGUUUACUAUUCCUUGAUUCUUG